ACAGCCGCCUGCCAGCCCGCGGGCUUUGGCACCAGGCCUUCACGGCCGCUCUCCCGCCUCACACUCCGGCCUCCCCGCAGCCCGGCCAAAUGCAGGCCGUCGCCCUCCCCGAGGAGAUCGGUUGGCUCAUGGAAGAUGCUGAGGAGUUCUUGGCAGAAGGUUUGAGGAAUGAGAACCUCAGUACUACUGCAAGGGACCACAGAGACCAUAUUCUACGAGGCUUCCAGCAAAUCAAAACUAGGUACUAUUGGGAUUUGCAGCCCCAAGGUGGAGACCAAGCCGAAAGUUAUCUUGGACAAGACAGCUCUGAUGAUAACCAUAGUGGAACUCAUGGCCUGCCUCUCACAUCAGAUGCACCUUUUUUGCCUGAUUAUCAGGAUGAGGGAAUGGAAGACAUCACAAGAGGAGCUCAAGAACUUGAUAACAUCAUCAAGCAAGGUUACUUGGAAAAGAAAAGCAAAGAUCAUAGUUUCUUUGGAUCAGAGUGGCAGAAGCGGUGGUGUGUUGUCAGCAGAGGCCUCUUCUACUACUAUGCUAAUGAGAAAAGCAAGCAGCCCAAAGGGACCUUUCUCAUUAAGGGCUACAGUGUACGGAUGGCCCCCUACCUGCGAAAAGAUUCCAAGAAAGAAUCCUGCUUUGAACUGACCUCCCAGGAUAGGCGCAGCUAUGAGUUUACAGCUGCUAAUCCAGCUGAAGCCAGGGACUGGGUGGAUCAAAUAAGUUUCUUGUUAAAGGAUCUGAGCUCCUUAACCAUUCCGUGUGAAGAUGAGGAGGAAGAGGAGGAAGAGGAAGAGACGUAUGAUGAUAUUGAUGGCUUUGAUGCCCCAAACUCCGGUUCCCAGUGCAGACCUAUCAUCUUGCCUGGGAGUAUGGGGCCAAAAGAGCCCACAAAGGAGACAGAAGAUGAUAUUUAUGAAGUCUUACCAGAUGAAGAGCAUGAUCUGGAAGAGGAUCAGAAUGGCACUCCACAUAAAGGAGUGGACUAUACCAAUUAUUACCAGGGCCUAUGGGAUUGCCAUGGUGACCAGCCAGACGAACUGUCCUUCCAACGGGGUGACCUCAUCCGCAUUCUGAGCAAGGAGUAUAACAUGUAUGGCUGGUGGGUAGGAGAACUGAACAGCCUCAUUGGGAUUGUUCCAAAGGAGUAUCUCACCACUGCCUUUGAAAUGGAAGAAAUAUGAAGCCCAGCCUUGUCACAGAGAAGGUGAGAGACAAGGAAACCUUCAGAGGAGGAAGUUGUGAGCUGUGUCGGCUGAUUUGAAAAGCGUAAAUAAACUUCAUAUUCGGUUCCCAGCAGUGUGUGAUAGUGUCCAAUUUCCUUAUGUAGUGUU